GCUCGGAGAGCUUCUUCAGACGCGCGCAGCGAAAUACACAACGACCGCGAAAACUCGAAGAUUUACUUAGAAUGCUGUGAUAGAAUAUAUCGCGGUAUGAAUAAUCUGAAACUCAAGUUUCUAUAUAGUUUGUAGAACCGGCGAAAUAACAUUGAUUACUGCCAGAUAGUUUCACUAUAAGCAUUUCUAGACGAUAUUAGGCUACUCCUCUUGGAGAUUUAAUAGUCUACUUCUCAAAAACGGGAGAGUUGCUCUAUGGAGUGAGACCCGUGUUGCAAAGUUAUUUCGUUGUUUGAGACUCAUCAACAACUUUCUUGAUUUUAUUGAACAAGAGAACUGGGAAGUCGGCUUCAGCGCGCCCCUGGAGUCAUCCCUGACUAAAAGCUGGACAUAAAACUCCGGCAGAAUGAGCACAGAUAAAAACAAGGUGGAGGAUGAGGCGGUGUUGGACAGAGGUGCGUCCUUCGUCAAGCAUGUCUGUGACGAGGAGGAAGUGGAAGGUCACCACACUGUGUACAUCGGCGUACACGUGCCCAAGAGCUACCAGCGGAGGCGGCGCCACCGACGCAAGUCCAGCCACAAGGAGAGGAAAGAGAGGCCGGCGGAGAACGUAGAGGGGGACAAAACGGACGGAGAGAAUGCUGAUGAGGCAGCACCCAACAUCCUCAAACCUCUCAUCUCCGCAGCAGCAGAGAGGAUCAGGUUCAUCCUGGGUGAGGAGGAUGACGGCCCCCCGCCCCCUCAGCUCUUCACUGAGUUGGACGAACUGCUGGCCGUCGACGGACAGGAGAUGGAGUGGAAGGAGACAGCCAGGUGGAUAAAGUUUGAGGAGAAGGUGGAAAAGGGAGGAGAGCGUUGGAGUAAGCCCCACGUGGCCACCCUGUCCCUUCACAGUCUGUUUGAGCUGAAGAACUGUAUCGAGAAAGGCACCAUCCUGCUGGACCUGGAGGCCUCCACUCUACCACAGGUGGUCGAGUUGAUCACUGACAACCAGAUCGAGAUUGGUCAGCUGAAGGCCGAGCUGAAGGAUCAAGUCAUGUACACGUUGCUACGGAAACAUCGUCACCAGACCAAGAAGUCCAACCUGCGCUCUCUUGCCGACAUCGGCAAGACGGUGUCCAGUGCAAGCAGGCUGUUUUCCAACCAAGACCAGAAUGGUAGCCCAGCCACGACCCAUCGGAACCUGACCUCUAACAGCCUCAGCGACUUCUCUGACCAACCAGAUAGAGACCAGCUGAAGAAUAAGUUUAUGAAGAAGCUUCCUCGUGAUGCCGAGGCAUCUAACGUCCUGGUCGGAGAGGUGGACUUCCUGGAUUCGCCCUUCGUGGCGUUCGUCCGUCUGCAGCAGGCUGUCAUGUUGGGAGCUCUGACAGAGGUCCCCGUCCCUACCAGGUUUUUAUUCGUGCUGCUGGGGCCCAAAGGAAAAGCCAAUUCUUACCAUGAGAUCGGACGCGCUAUCGCCACCCUCAUGUCUGAUGAGGUGUUCCAUGACAUUGCCUACAAGGCCAAGGACAGACAGGACCUGCUUGCGGGCAUCGAGGAGUUCCUGGAUGAGGUCAUUGUCCUACCCCCUGGGGAGUGGGACCCCGACAUCAGGAUAGAACCCCCCAAGUCCCUGCCCUCGUCUGACAAGAGGAAGAACCAGUAUAAUGCUGGGGGCGGAGGGGAUGGGCCCCAGAUGAAUGGGGACACACCGGGACAUGACGGGGGUCAGGGAGGAGGGGGACAUGGACAUGUCGGAGAAGAGCUCAUGAACACUGGGAAGUUUUGCGGCGGCCUCAUUCUGGACAUCAAGCGGAAGCUGCCGUUUUUCGCCAGUGAUUUCUACGACGCAAUUCACAUCCAGUCGCUGUCCGCCAUCUUGUUCAUCUACCUGGGCACCGUAACCAAUGCAAUCACCUUCGGAGGGUUGCUAGGAGACGCUACGGAAAACAUGCAGGGUGUGUUGGAAAGUUUCCUGGGCACGGCAGUGACAGGGGCCAUAUUCUGUCUGCUGGCUGGCCAGCCUCUCACCAUCCUCAGCAGCACCGGUCCUGUACUGGUGUUUGAAAGGCUCCUCUUCAACUUCAGCAAAGACAAUGACUUUGACUACCUGGAAUUCCGGCUGUGGAUCGGCCUGUGGUCAGCUUUCUUUUGCCUGGUGCUGGUUGCCACAGACGCCAGCUUCCUGGUCCAGUACUUCACGCGCUUCACGGAGGAGGGCUUUUCAUCCCUCAUCUCCUUCAUCUUCAUCUACGAUGCCUUCAAGAAGAUGCUGAAGCUGGCCCACUACAACCCCAUCAACGCUAACUACGACCCUAACUACGUCACAACGUACGACUGCCGCUGCAUGCCCCUACCGGACGACGGAAAUAUGACAGGUCUCUAUAGCGAUGUCUCUUCCUGGAUAAAUGACACUGAUCUGCCGGUAAACGCCACGUGGGCGUCCCUCGACAAGGAACAGUGUGUGAAGUAUGGUGGUGAGCUGAUUGGUCCAGCCUGCGGCUUCGUCCCCGACGUCACUCUGAUGUCGUUCAUCCUUUUCCUGGGGACCUACACUUGCUCCAUGUGUCUCAAGAAGUUCAAGUUCAGCCGCUUCUUCCCCACCACCGUGAGGAAACUGAUCAGUGAUUUUGCCAUCAUCCUGGCUAUUGUCAUCUUCUGUGGUGUGGAUGCCUUGGUCGGAGUGGACACACCCAAGCUCAUCGUGCCAACUGAAUUCAAGCCCACCAGCCCCAACCGUGGCUGGUUCGUGCCCCCGUUCGGAGGGAACCCGUGGUGGGUUUAUCUGGCAGCAGCCCUCCCUGCUCUCCUGGUCACCAUCCUGGUGUUCAUGGACCAGCAGAUCACCGCUGUCAUCGUCAACAGAAAGGAGCACAAACUCAAGAAAGGGGCAGGCUACCACUUGGACCUGUUCUGGGUAGCAGUACUACUCAUUGUGUGUUCCUUCACGGGCCUGCCCUGGUACGUGGCUGCCACUGUCAUCUCCAUCGCCCACAUCGACUCUCUGAAGAUGGAGACCCAGUGCUCGGCUCCUGGGGAGCAGCCCAAGUUCCUGGGUGUCAGGGAGCAGAGGGUGACCGGUGUCAUUGUCUUCGUUCUGACUGGACUGUCUGUCUUCAUGGCUCCCAUCCUCAAGUUCAUCCCUAUGCCUGUGCUCUAUGGCGUGUUCCUCUACAUGGGCGUGGCAUCUCUCAACGGUGUCCAGUUCAUGGAUCGCCUGCAGCUUCUCCUGAUGCCUGCCAAGCACCAGCCUGACCUGAUCUACCUGCGCCACGUUCCCCAGCGUCGCAUCCACCUGUUUACCUUCAUACAGGCCCUCUGUCUCGCCCUCCUCUGGGUCCUUAAGUCCACCGUCGCUGCCAUCAUCUUCCCCGUCAUGAUCUUGGCCCUGGUGGCGGUCAGAAGGGCCAUGGACUACAUCUUCUCUCAGCACGACCUCAGCUACCUGGACGACGUCAUCCCGGAGAAAGACAAGAAGAAGAAGGAGGACGAGAAGAGGAAGAAGAAGCAGAAGAAAGGAAGCAUCGACAGUGAAAUCGAUUUUCCCUCUGAGUACCCCUACAAUGACAAUAUCCCCGGUAUUAAAAUCUCCAUGGAUAUAAUGGAGACGGAGCCCAUGUUGGGGAAUAAGGAUAAGACCUCAGACAGACCCCCGUCGUCUUUCCUUGACCCACAUUCAGCAUGCUGAGGGCUACUUUAAGCCCACGACUGUUGCAAGGUAACUAUUCUGAAUCCAUUAAAAAAAGCAGCGCCUCAGAUUAGGAUAGAACUGGAGCAAGAGGACAAAAGCUUCUUCUGGAAAAAACAGGCUCCGGGUUCUGAAACGUCCCUUUAGUCUAACAACAAGCCGUCCUGAUGUCCAAACAACCCAACAGAACCAGCAGCAUUACCUGCACACCACUACUCAACACAACACAGUUGACUGAAGUCCCAUAGGGCCCUGGUCAAAAUCAGUGCACCAUAUAGGGAACAGACUUGGGUUCAAAUACCCUUUCAGGUAUUUCAAUUCGUUUUCAAUUACCUUUCAAUGCAUUUCAAAACAGGUAUUCAGAAAACCUUUAUUUGAAAAAACAAGCAGUUGAAUAUUGGAAUGUAUUUGGAAAUACACUUGGUAAGUAUUUGAAAAUACUCAAAUGCAUGGACUGAAAUACACUCCCAUGCAUUUAACCCAGCUAUAUGAAAAUAUGAAAAUAUACGUUCAAAUACAAUUUGGUCAACUAUUUGUUUUUUUGCAUGUAACCAUUUGAAUACUCAAAUAAAAGUAUUUGUUUGGGGCUGUGUAUUUGAAAAUACUCAAAUACACAUGUAUUUGAACCCAGGUCUGGUAGGGAAUAGGGUGCCCUUGUGGAUGUAACCACAGACUCCUACAGCAGCCUCUUUUAUACUGUAGCACUGUUGUAUAGUCCUCCUUUUAAUGUCCUGCUUAAGUACAUAUUUUUUAUUUUUUUUAAACGGACAGAAUUCUUUGUUUUGAGAUUGACAAGUAUAGGAGGGACUCUUGUGAUAGGGGAGAUGUGAUUCUUCAUUUGCUGUAUAAAAAAGGUAAUGGCCUAUUCCGCGCCAGCGUAGCCUGAAAAUAUUUUCUGCUCCCGCUGGCCCUAAUGCCCUAAUGCUCUGUACCAAGGAAAUCUUUGAAGUUCAUUGUUAGCCAUUUAUGGCUAAUUCAUGGGUAAGGUAUUCAUGAUUUUAUAAAGCAUUCACAAACUAAUGCAAUGCUUUAUGUAUUCCUAGUACAUGCCAGUUAGAUCAUUAAGUACACCAUACUUUCUUAUACAGAUCUUAUGGAGAUGUGACGUUAAACUGGACUGUCCUAUUUUUGCCCGGCCAGAACAGAUCAAACUUUCAAAUCCCAUUAUUUUUUCAUGUCCUAGUGUCCAGCAUAGGCCUAUUAUAGUGUUCUUGUUCAUGUAUAUUAAUAUUCUUCCGUCUUUUCUCUUUACCCCUUCACACUUGUAUUAUUUAUUUAAUCUCUAUCUAUGCAAAAAAAAAAACAGAAAUGCUCUUGAUUCAAAAUGUUGAUUUGAGUAUUUUCCUUCCCAUUGUGUGUGAAACUUUUCUGAUUUGAACUGUUUCCCUAAUAAUGUCUGUUGUUUCUAUCAGCUUUAUAAGAGACAGGAGGACUUCAACCACAAUUAUCUGUAGUAGGGAUUGAAAUACAUGUAUAUACUUGUAUUUGUAGCUCUACAUCUGACUUAAUUAAUGUAGGCGCCAGGUAUUUGUAAGUACAGUAUGAUGCACACAUUAUUAUUAUUAUUAUGCAAUUAUCUGUCAUCAGACUGAAUUCUUUUUAUGAAAGGGCACAGCAUAGAGAUCAUAUCUAAUCACUUUUUUGAGUUCCUUUUGCUCUGUAACAAAUACAUUAAAAGAGAUUUUUAUUUGUAUCAUAUUGAAAUGAAAUGAAAAUGCAAUAACAGUGACGUAUAUUAUAUUGCUGAGAGAAUAAGUCCAAUAAUAAUUAAGUGUAUUGACUAUUAAGCCCGCCGUUAAUGAGAUGACGGCGUUUUUACAGUCGUCUGUGGAGUGACAUUUGUACUACUACUUUUUUUUUUAACAAAGUGAUGAUUCAGUGUUGUUUUUAUUAUUAUAUUAAACUGAUGAUGAACUGAUUAAUCACUGUGAGACAAUGCAAUGUCGAAGUUCCUUGUGUCUUGCAGUUGCAUUUCUGAAAAAAAACUAACGCCGUGUAUAGUUUGCAGCUUUUCACGACGCUCCAUACCAAGAGAAAAUAUGAAUUCAAAAAAACAUUUAUUUAAUCUCUUCCACGAGCCGACUCGCUCAGUGGAAAUUGAACCUGGGGAUGAGGUUAUACAACAUUUCAGAGCUGCCAUUUUACUGAUAAACGGAUACAUUGCAGCCCUUUAUAGAAUGUAUUUUUUAGAUACAGUGUUACAAAUUAAGGCUUAAAUUAUUCACUUGGGCAAAAUUGAUUUUGUGGUCUUAGUGAUUACUGGGUUUAUAAAUGAUAAAAGAUACUGUAGUGAUAAAAUACCCAAAUUAUAUUUGUUGUAAUCUUGAGGGGUAUAAUCAAACAAGAUUGUUUUGUAGGUGUAUCGGAAGUGUGAGAGGACUGCAUCGGAUGUUGAAAUGAUGGUACACUCUUUAUCAGGGUCACUAUUGAUGUCAUGUUUUCUAUCCUAAAUAAUGCCAGCAUCCUAUCUUAAAUCAGUCUUGGGACAAAAGUUAAUCGUCUGUACAGUAUAUUCAUUUUCUGGGAUUCAAAUUUUAGGAUGAGUCCAUGUUUUGCUGUAAAAUGUGUUGAUUCAGUGGGCUAAUUGAAUUAAAAAUCUAUGUUUUUAAUAUUA